GCGGGACCCCCCGCUGGUGCUGCCCUGCCAGGUGGACGGGGAGCCGCCCGUGUCCAUUUCCUGGCAGCGGGAUGGUCUGGCCCUGGGCAACGACAGCGGUGCCACCCUGAUGCCCGAUGGCUCCUUGCAUCUGGCUGCCCUGCUGUCCCACCGGGGCCUCCCUUCCCGUGGCCACGAGUACCACUGCGUGGCCCAGAACCGCUAUGGGCGGCUGGUGAGCCGGAGGGCCCGGGUGCAGCUGGCAAGUCUGUCCCGUUUCCACCAACACCCAGAGUCCGUCCAGGUGGAGCGGGGUGGAGUCGCGCGCUUUCAGUGCCUGAUUCGGGGGGUGCCCGAGCCCUCCAUCUCCUGGGAGCGCAACGGCACGGCCCUGAACACUGCCGACCACGACCACCGGGUCACGCUGCUGCCUGGUGGCAUCCUGCACAUCACCAGCGUGAGCCCGGCUGACGUGGGCAUCUACCGUUGUGUGGCACGGAAUGUGGCUGGACGGCCGCUCCAUCGGCGUGGAGGGCAUCCAAGUCCUGGGCACCGGGAACCUCAUGAUCGCCGACGUGUCGGUCCAGCACUCGGGCGUCUACGUCUGCGCCGCCAACCGGCCCGGCACCCGCGUCCGGCGCACGGCGCAGGGAGUCCUGCUCGUGCAGGCUCCCCCCGAGUUUGUCCAGUGGCCACAGUCCUUGUCCAAGUCCCUGGGCAGCAGCGCCACCUUCACCUGCGUGGCCCAAGGCGUCCCUGAGCCCCGCCUGGUCUGGCUGAAGAACGGGAAGGUGCUGAAUCCUGGGGAGAACGUCAGGCUGACUCACAACAACAGCACGCUGACGCUGGCCGUGGUCUCGGUGGAGGACGAGGCCAUCUACCAGUGUGUGGCGGAGAACAGCGCCGGCUCCAAUCAGGCCAGCGCCCGGCUGGCGGUGACAGGGGGCCCAGAGCCACCCCCCAGUCCCCGAGGCCUGCGGGCUACAGCUCUCUCCACCUGCCUGACGUGGGAGCCACCCCCUUCGGGUGGCGACAUCAUUGGCUAUGUGCUGCACCUCCGGCCUGUGGGAGAGCCGGCCGGCCCAGAGCUCCAAGAAGCUGUGAGCAAAGGCACCUCUGAGCACGUCUUCUCCGACCUGGAGCCUGCCACAGCCUACACCAUCCACCUGAGGGCCUACUCCGCCGAGGGUGCCAGUCAGGACUCUGCCCCCAUCCUGGCCUCCACCAUGGGCACGGCCCCUGCCGCCCUCAGCUUCUCUACCACGGUGGUCAACGCCACUUCCGUGCAGGCCUCCUGGGAGCUGCCACCCCAGCCGGGGCCCAUCCAAGGUUUCAAACUCUUCCACCGCAAGCUGCCGGCUGCCCAUUUUGAGGGGCCCCUGCUCCUGGCCAGCAGUGUCAGCUCCUUCCUCUACACUGACCUGGAGCCAGCGGCCCUCUAUGAGAUCAAGCUCCAGGCAUUCAAUGGCAACGGGGACGGUAACAGCAGUGCCCGCUUGGUCUCUCUGCGCGACGUGCCCCUGGCCACCCCUGGGUCUGAGGCUGGGUGCUCUUGCAGCCAUGGUGUGAGCAGCUCGCUGCCUGGGGUUGUGGUGGGCAUCCACGUGGGCCUGGCUGCCCUGGUCAUUUGCCUCCUCUGCCUCUUCCUGGGCUGGAGACACAGGUGACCGUGGGACAGCUACCCUUACCCUAGGGCCUCCAGGUCAGCUUCCUCCCAGAUGCCACCAACUCUGGAUGCACCAAAGCAGCUACCUCACCUGUCCCUGCCAUCCCGGAGUCAGGAAUGAACCAAAGGUCCCUCAGGCCCUCUCCGGGGAGGGCAGGCCUGGCCAGGGGGUGGGGGGGGAGAACAUGUGGUUUCCCUGCUCAUCCCCCACUCAAGAAAAGGGAGACUCCGUGUCCUUUCCGCCGACACACCAAAUAGCCUCCAACUGAACCAAGUUCAGCUGGGCACUGCCCCUCCAGUGUAGCCACCUCCUGACCCGAAUAUGAACCUACCCCAAAGACAGAGAGCUUUAAGGGUCCACCUCUGGGAGGCAGGGCAAGGGGCUCUGCCAUCACCACCUGACAGCCAGAUCUCUGAACUGUUUUUGUCUCUAUAAACCCGAGCUGACAGGGACCCAGGGACAGGUCAUUGCAUUCCUGUGGUCUGAGUGGACAGGGGGGCAAAGGCACCAAGUCCCUCACCUCCCUUCUCCCAACACCCAGAGUCCCGAACAUCUGAGCUCAGGUGAGCUUCUCUGAGCAGCCAAAUACCCACCCGCCCUUCCCAGAUCCAAAGCAUUGGUCCCUCUUCAAGGGGCAUUCCUUCCUAUCUGACUUGUUUUGGAAAGAGAUUAGUUUGAGUCAGGGUCUUCGUGACUUCAGGUCCCUUGUAAAAGGAGAACAGAGGCUAUGGGAUACCCCAACUACCCACCCGCCUCAUUUCUAGGGGUCCAAAGCACGCCUCUUCCUCACUCCUCCCUGUGCCAGUCCACGGCGCCCAGGGCCCCAUCACCACGCCUUGUUCAGCUGUCACGCCCUGAAGGCCAAAGCCCCAGCUACUCCCUCUAGGGCUGCCCAGUACUAUACCAAAAGGUGGUGGUGGGGUCGGGUACGAAGGCCCAGGGCUUGGCGGCUCCUCUGUGCUCUAGGGGAGCGACGCUAGUGCCAAUGAUAAGACUUCAGCAAGGCUGGGCUCUGCCCUCUGGACAGCUCCCUCUGCACCAGGCGCAGAGACAGCUGCAACCGAGACAGGGGGCAAGGGGGCAAGGGGCCAUGGAUAGCCCCAGACUUCAAGUCUUUAAGGAAAUGACAUCUUCUUCUGGUUGGGCCUGUUCUAAGUAUUUUGUUGGAAAUAAAAAAAAAAAAA